AUGGACGUCUACCCCGUGGGCGACGCUUUCAGCUACACCGACAUUGCCACGGAGGAGGCCCCCGUGGCGGACGACGGCAUCACCCGGGAGCUGCACGGCGCCGUCGUCGAGUUCGAGGCGUCGGGCCGCUGGCCCAGGGACGCCGUCGCGUGCCGCAAGGUCGCGGCCGCCCUGCUCGUGCAGGCGCGGGAGGAGCUCCUCUCCGACCUCGGCAUCGAGGCGGAGGUCGGCGAGGACUUCCUCGACGUGCGCUACCCGGAGGUGGCGUUCCGCGUCCGCGUGUUCCACCCGCACGAGCUGGGGGACGUGGCGCAGCGGGUGACCAGCUUCCAGGCCCCGGCCGGCGGGUCGGCUUCGCCCUCUGCUGCCGACCUGGCGCGGCUGCGCGACCUGUGGUGGCGGCCGAGGAUACGCAACGCACUGCACUCCCACGCCCUGAGGCAACCCGCGCUGGCUGGCGCGGCGCGCCUUUGUAAGAGGUGGAUGGCUUCCCAGAUGCUCUCGGGUUAUGACGAGUUCGUCGAGCACCUCGUCGCGCAUGUCUUUCUGCACCCCGCGCCGUUUGACAGCCCCACGAGCCCGCAGGCUGGGUUCUGCCGAUUCUGCUCGCUGCUGGACGCCCACGACUGGCAGCACGAGCCACUGAUGCUAGACUUCGACGGCAGAUUCUCGGAGGAGGAGCGCAUGAGCUUGAGGCGAUCCUUCGAGCGAAGCAGGUCGGAGUCGGAGCGGACCACGUACUUCUGGGUCUCCUCGCGCUUCGACCCGCACGCCAUGCUGCUGCCGACCCCGCCGGCGACGGUGUGCGCGUGGCUGCAGCAGCGGGCGCGCCACGCGCUGGGCUUCUUCGGCAGGAAGUUGAUCGGGGAAGCCCCGGCCGGCUCGAAAGGCUGGCAGCCGAUGUUCGCGCUGGACACUGGGGUCUUCGACGUCGUGCUCCGCCUGCGGCCCCGCGGCCGCCCCGAGGGCGGCGACAGCAGGAGGGGCGGCCUCGCUCGCCGCCGCGCGCGCACGGAGGGGCAGGCGCUGCGGAGCCUCGUGGAGAAGGUCCGGGCGAACCUGUCGCCCGUGUGCCUGGUGUUUUACGACGCCGAGGGAUGGUGGCCGUCAAGUGGCGCCCGGGCGCGUUUUUCCCACAGCACCAGAACGUGCUGA